CAAUGUGAAGUGGAAGAAACAGCAUUCUUUUAUAUUCUACGAAAUAUAGAGAAACAAGCAUGUAUGAUUCCUACUAGAGGAAAUACUUCAUGGUGAUUGCUGUAGAUGCCGGACUGGAGAUUGGCAAAUGCACAUUUUAUUCUGGCUGUGACGUUGAUGCUGUGGAGUUCAGGAAAAGUACACUCAGUGGAUGUAGCAACAGAGGCUUUUGAUUCUGGAGUCAUAAAUGUGCAGUCACCAUCCACAGUCAGGAGAGAGAAGUCAGCUACUAAUCUGGCAGCGAAACUCUUGCUUCUUGAUGAACUUGUGUCUUUGGAGAAUGAUGUAAUUGAAACAAAGAAGAAAAGGAGCUUCUCGGGUUUUGGGUCUCCCCUGGACAGACUCUCUGCUGGCUCUGUCAAUCAUAAAGGUAAACAGAGGAAAGUAGUAGAUCAUCCAAAGAGACGAUUCGGUAUUCCUGUGGAUCGGAUUGGUGGAAACCGUCUCUCAAAUUCCAGAGGGUAAUUGAUUCUAACCACACAACUUCUCCGGUGAAAUGUCACAGAAACAUGGAAGAUGCUUCAGUGAAGUUCUUUACACUCAGUAAUGAUUCAACAUUCAAGGAACUGGCCUUCUGCAAAUCCUUUCCACAGUUUGAACUUCAGUCCAUCACAUCACAGUAUUGUUAUAACUUCAAUUAAAUUAUGCAGACCACUUCAAUGCAUGGAUAUUUUUUUAAAUAUAUAUUUUAGUUAAUGGGAAUGGUUCCCUAGCUCCAAACCUUGCUUUUCUAAGAAACAGUCAAAACACACUAUACAUGAAAUGCUUUCUAUAUGCAUUUACAAUUUACAUUUAUGCAGCUGAAGAAUAAUAACUGGAGACUGAUUUUUUUUUUCUGUACAACUUAGGUACAGUCUGUUUGCUCAUUACUGAGAGAUGAGGAAAGACAAUGCUGUAUACGUUCUCUUAAAUAUUUGAUUUCUUUUGUAUACUUUGUGAGCCUCUUGGGUAAUGAUUAUGAAAUUAGGCUUGUCUUAGCAUAUUCACAUUUCAGUGAGGUUCAGCCACAUAAAACAUAGCCCCAGUUCUAGAAAUAAAAGAAGAAUGAUUUAUAAGUAUGGGAUAAAAAAAACAGCUAGUAAUUAAACCCAUCAAUGUUAUUCUUCCAAAGAAUUGAGAAAAUACUUGUAGUUCAGAGCAUAGUGACAGAAUUAGGAAGUGAAGGAUAUCAUUCAUUUGUCAAGUUUGGAGAUCUCAUGUCCUCUAACAACUGUUCUUUUCUCUAAAUUACAACUGGUAGUUAAUUAAGAGCAGCAGCGGCUAAUUACGAGAACAACAGAUUGUAAAGAACACAGGAGUAACAGAUGAAAUUAUUGGGGAAAAGCAAAGAAUCACUCAGUAGUAAACCACUAGAAUAGUCUGGAAUUCAUUAAAUACAUAUAAUUUUAGCAUGGUACUUUUUGGCAUAGUACAAUAAGCCGUCAUCUUGAUGGUACUGACUCACACAAGAAACUGAUUGGUUUCAUAUACUCUGUUUAAUAAGGCAUUGAAAAGUAUAAUGUGUUUAAGAAUUAUUUCUUUGAAAUGAUUCAUAUUAUUUUUAAUUGAUCUAUCAAAGCAUAAAGUCUCAUAUUCUGGAAAGCUCAGUUCUCAACAAUAGAUGUGAUGUUACUGCAACUUAGGUAGA